GUAAGUUCCGAAAACACAAACACACGUGUGUCAGGGGAUGACGGAUGUGUUGUAAUUCUUCGUGUUUACUGUGGACUAGAUUUGGUUGAUCCUUUAGAAUGAGUGAAAAGAGAGGAAAGAAACGUCCAAAGUCCUACUACCGAAAGUCAUGUCAUCAGAAGCGUCAGAGAUUAAAUAACCUGGCUGCUGGUAUGAAGGGAUUCCUGAUCACAUGCAACAACAACGAGAAGCAGGCAGUCAGAGAGUGCUAUAACAUCCUCAAUGAAUAUGCUGAUGAUCUAUAUGGCCCUGAAAAGAGAGACAUCCUCAUCAAAGCAGACCGCUUCAGACGACUUGAUCAACCAGAUAAUGAGGUUAACCGGAGAAAAGAUGCAGGCUCAGACAAGUCUGACUCGGAGGAAGAGGAGGAUGUGGAGAAGGCCAUGGCCAGAGAGCUGAAAGCCAUCAAGGAAGUUCAGCAAAGUGCGCAGAGGCGGUUUCAAAAUACAGACACGCAUGCCAAAAACUGCAUCUUUAUCAGGACAUCGCUAGACAACCCCAUUGAACUACAUCACAAGAUAUUCUCCGACCUCUAUGAGAAAAAGGUGUCCAAGGCCAGGUAUGCUAUGCGAAUGUUGCCCAUCGCUGGAACAUGUAAAGCAGUGCUUAAUGACAUAAAGAAUCUAGCAGACACCAUCCUGCCCCCAUACUUCCCAUCAGAGAUGGGUCAAGAGAGAUCAUAUGCUGUGAUGUUUAAGGUGAGGAAUAAUAAUGGCAUUGGCAGGGACAGUGUGUUGCCGUUGUUGGGCGAAGUCGUCAAAAGUUUGAAUCCUUUGAACAGAGUGAACUGUGACAGUCCCGAUGUUGUUGUUUUAGUGGAGAUCAUCUCUAAUGUAUGUUGUUUAGGAGUCUCCACAGAUUUCUUCAAAUUCAGAAAAUGUAAUUUCCAUGAGGUUGUUAAGGAGCCUGACGUUAAACAAGAGAAGGAUGUUAAAUCAGAGGAGAAAGUGGAAAUAUCAGGAGAGAAGAAUGGAUCUGAAACAAAAGGUGAUGAACAGAAAGACAUGGCUGACAAGAGUGACCAGAAACCUGGCAAGGAAGAAGUGGCAUCCACUGAGGGAACAGUUGAGUUGGAGGCAGAAACAGAGGAUGGUGCUGAAACAAAGGAUGGGGCUGAAACAAAGGAUGGGGAUUCGGAUGGGACUGACCAGAUGGGUGAACAGCAGUCACAUGUGGCCGCCGUGAAGGAGGAAGGGGAACACGAAACCUGUAUGACGAAGGAUGAGAGAUGAACACCUGGAAGAUGGGAGCUAAUACAGAGUGUAUUAAAGGAUACAGGAAGGGGACAAGGGGGAUCAUCACGCCAAGCAGUUAUGAGAAAAUGAUUAUACUGAGGCAUUAGAAUGUAUAGAUUGUGGAGGUGAGAGGUCAUGGCAAUACUGGUGUUAUUUCACCAUUUGGUUAUGGAGCAGAGAUGUUUUACCAACCUGUAUCCUGCUUUUUCCCCAAAAAUAUUGCUGAGGGCGGCGUUAAACAACAAACUUACUUUCAAGAUGCAUGAGUAUUUCUAAGGUUAAUCUUUGGUUCAAGUGCCUACUAGAUAUUGUUCUCCCAUCUACCAUUAUUCCUGUGACCUUUUACCCAAAUGCAUGUAAAGGAUGGACACUCUUUUAUGAACUAAAUAUUUUCAGAAAUAGA